UAUGUCAGUGUGACAUAUACCGCCGCGGACGACGCACGCGUGUGCCGAAAAAUAUAAAAUAAAUUGGCGCGAACAUAAUAUUUAACGAACAAAAUUUUAUCGUGAAUGUGGAAGUGAAAGUUAUUUUUAUUAGCAAACAUUGUGAUGACAGAAACGUUAAAAUACGUUUUGAGGAUUAUUUUUGUGACAUUAUUUUAUUAUACCUUGUUAAGCGUGUUCAAAGAAAUCAAGCGAUAUUGGCCCGGAAUUGAAUCAACAAACCCAAAUUGACAUUGGAUUUCUGGUUUAUUUUAGUUUGCUGAUAGCCGCGGUACUCGAGAGCAAAUUCACCAGGUGUAUUCUUGAACAAUGGAAAUAUAAAACAAAAUGGCUGACGAUAUUAUGAACUUCACAGACGAGGUCAGCGCUACGGUGGAGCCUAGCGAACUAUCCAAGUUCUCGCCGGGAUUGCUCACCUUUGCUGCCAUAGUCACUGGGACCAUAAUGCUCGUUGGAUUGUUUGGCAAUCUCCUUACUGUCGUCGCGCUCCUCAAAUGCCCCAAAGUGAGGAAUGUUGCUGCUGCUUUUAUUAUAAGUCUCUGCAUAGCGGACUUCCUCUUCUGCGCCAUAGUGCUCCCAUUCGCCAUAUCUGGGUUCUGGACGCGGACCUGGUCUCAUGGGGGUGCACUGUGCAAGCUGGUCCCGUUCCUGAGGUACGGGAACGUCGGAGUAUCCCUCCUGAGCAUCGCCCUCAUAACCUUGAACAGGUACAUAAUGAUAGCGCACCACAGCUGGUACUCCCGUGUGUACCGCAAGCACAACAUCGCCAUCAUGAUCGUCUUCUCGUGGAUGUUCUCUUACGGCAUGCAGAUACCAACCCUUGUUGGAGUAUGGGGUAAAUUUGACUACGACCCGGAGUUAGGAACAUGCUCUAUAAUGCCUGAUGACAACGGGCGCUCAGCCAAGACCGCUCUCUUCGUCAUCGCCUUCAUAGUCCCAGCCCUGCUGAUCUUCAUAUGCUACGCCAGGAUCUUUUGGGUAGUACACAGCUCAGAGCAGCGUAUGCGGGAGCAUCAAAGAUCCCAGCACACGAGCCCAGGUACUCUCAACAAUAGCACUGACAAGAGGUCUACCAUCAAGGACAAUAGGGAGACGAAGGCCAGGCGUAACGAGUGGAGGAUCACUAAGAUGGUGCUGGCCAUCUUUCUGUCUUUCCUCGUCUGUUACUUGCCCAUCACUAUCGCGAAGGUAGCUGACAACCAUGUGCAUUACCCUGUGUUCCACAUCACGGGCUACCUUCUUCUGUACGCGAGCGCAUGCGUAAAUCCGAUCAUCUACGUGAUAAUGAACGCUCAGUAUCGCGCUGCGUACGCGGCCGCGCUGUGCUGCCCUCUAGCCAGACUGUCAGGCCUCACCAGCGAAAUGGAACGAGCGUCACGGGUACAACUACAACAACACACAAACGGCGCUCAGCCAAGUGUCACUGGGGGAGUCGAGAGUCGACCCUCGGGGCACCAUGGCGCCUGCAGGCCCUGGCGGAAGAUAAGUGCCAGGUCCCCAGACUCUCACAGCGCUGGCCCCGCCCAAGGCAUCGGACCGGCCACAGAGACUGUCAGCUUCGGGCCAAAAAUAGGAAACAAACAUUCUGGACACAAAAUAGGAUCACUACAAAGCAUUAAUGCCAAAACUGACACUCGACCUCAAAUAAUGGGGUCUCAACAAAGUAUUGGUGCGAAGUCUACUGGAUCUGCAAUCAGACCUCUGACGGGAUCUCAGUUAAGUUUAGGGCCUAAAGUCACUCGAUUCCAGAUCGACGAUUUACGAAGUAAUAGACAAACCAAUGUAUAGCGACUUGUCGCUCAUUUAUAGACAUACCAAAGAUAUUGUAAGACUUAUACCAAAUAUUUUAUUUUGCAUUUUAUGAAUUUACUUAAAUGGAUUAACGUAAUAUGUAACAAUAUUUUAUAAAUAAUUUCACUUAAAUUCCUUCAGCAUUGUUGCGGGGAAAAAAUGCUCUCUUAAUUUUAUUAUAUAAUUUAUUAUUACAUUAUCUCAAACAAUAUCCGUCCUGUAAUAAUGAGCGACAAGUAGCAAUAUUCGACAUAAUAUUAAUUUGUAAAUAAGGUGACUUCUAGUUAGUAAGGAAUAUUAAUUAUAUAAUUGAGUUUUCUGUCUUCCAAAAUACUCUUUGUAUCUAUAUAUAGAAGUAUAGUGGAGUAAAAAUAGGUUGUGUGCUGUCGACAUAAUGCAGAGUGCCUUUAAAAUAGAUAGUACCUAACUAUUAAGAAAUACACGUUUAUAACUUGACAUGGGUACAUUAGCUUUAUUUUAUUAGCCUACGGCAGCAUAAAAGUUUAAAGAACUAUAUAAAAUGUCCUGGGCAUCCUGUAUUUCUACUUUAUGAAUUACAUUCCGUACUUUUAAGCACUUCGACUAAUGAAAACAGAUUAGGUAUCGUAAAUAAGAACUCAUUAUUAAGCAUAUUUAAAAAUAUUGUUAUAGAACUACAUUCCAUGUAUAAAAAUCACGGCCAAAGAUAUAGGUAUAACGUUUUUAAAUAAAAUGUGAAACUAUUCUAUUCCACUACCAAAUCAUGUAAAAAAUAGGGAUGAUGGAAUAUAAAAAUUUAUUGUUCUUCAAUCUGAGUACUGGUGAUUUUUUUAUUUAUUUUUUUUUAUUGGUGUGAAUAUACCUUUGUACACGAAUUUUUAUUUUUAAUUCUUUGUCUCUUACUUUCUCUGAUUGGCCACUUCACAUGCAAGUCUGAAAACUAGCAGUUGUCUCUACCACCUACCUACUGUCAAUCGCAAUAUUACCUAGCGAUAUAAAAAUAUUUUAGACCACCAAAUUCAAAACAUAAAAAUCUAUAUCAACCUCUAGAGGUAUGUCCCUUCCGUAUCUCAAUUAGUCCACUUCACGAUACGUAAUGACAAUUUUAUCAAAAUCAGGUCAUUUUCAUUUUUCGACUGUAAGAGCUUUUAUGUUUUUAUUCGUCAUCUAUUUAGACGAAAUAUUAUGUAGGUAGCUGCCGCCACUGACGUCACAACUUACCUAUAGAGAAAUAUUUCAAGCGUGACGUCAUUCGUUAUUUAAACUCCAUGUUGGUAUUGCCAUAUUUUGUUUGUUGAUUGUUUGUGGCAAUUAAAAUAUACUUUUUUUUGUUUGAUGUUUCAAUUUUAGGUCAUCAUCCCUAUAAUUUAUAUUGUAAAACUAAACAGUAUUUUGUAUGAAUUUAAGUUUAAUAUUUAAUAUUGUAUGUUACUAGGUACUACACCAAUAUGCCAUAUUAUUUAAGGAAAUAUAUGAAAAUUGUAAAUUAAUUUGUAAAUAACUGGUUGAUUCGUUAUUUAUUAUUUUUGUUCAU